CAUGGAGUCUUAGCUUUAUGUCGAUACAAAGAACAAACCUUAAACCGCAGAAAUAAAAGAAACAAAUCUAACCUAUAAGUAAAUUGCCGUGCCAAUAAAUUAAUUUGCACGCAAACAGUACGAUUUAAUACAAAAUAUAACAUGGCUAAAGAACGUGGAGUUUUCAAAAUUCUUUGGAAUAGCUUUAUAUCUUCUCUAAAACCCCGUUAUUUUCGUCGUAAAUUAAUGGGCGAAGACUAUUACGGUACAAAAUACUACGAGGAGGAAAUUCGUUAUUCUAACCGGCAAAGGCCGCCUCGAUCUUUCGAGCCAAUAAACAAAGAAGAUUUUACACAGGAAUUGCCAGCAGAGUGGGAAGCUUGGUUACGAUAUCGCAGAAAAGAUCCACCUACACGAGAAGAAAUAGAAGAUAAUUAUCAAUUAGCAAUGACUAAGAAAAAGAAUGCUGGUGAAUUGAAGCAGAAAUAUUCCCAAGAUAACGAAUGUCCCACUCUGUCUAUUUCUGGUGUGAAGACACCAGGAAACUUUCCAGUUUAUGAAGAUUACAAAAAUAAUGACAAAUCAUAAACUAAAACAGAAUUAGUGCAAAUCAUAGUUAAAAUACUUAAUAAAAGUUU